CGCUGCUGUAGUUUCCCUCUCACAACUUAAAUAAAAACACAUGUGGACAUUUUUUAUUUAUUUAUAAAUAAUAUAAAUAAUAACACACAUUGUUGACAUAAAUUUGUGACAAUUUAUUAUUAAUUAAUUGUUUUGUUUUUGCUUAAAUUAUGGAAGACGAUCAACAAUCAACUUGUGAAAAAUUAUGGGCAGUUAGAAAAACAUCACUUGAAAUAUGUCGAGACAGAGGUUAUAAAGUAUCAGAGGAUGAAAUUAAUCAAACAUUUGAUGAAUUUAUUGAUAAAUAUGGUGAUGAACCAUCAACAGAUGAUUUAAAAAUUUUGGUUAAACAUAAAGAUGAUUCAUCUCAACGUUUAUUAGUUUUAUUUUAUUUCAAUCAUAAAGUUGGAGUUAAAACAAUGUCUGGUGCAUUAAAGCUAAUGCAAGAAAAAAAAGCUGUCAAUGGUAUUUUGGUGUAUAAUGAAAUAACUGGACCAGCUAAAGCAGCAACACGUGGUGAUUAUACAAAUAAUGAUGAAACAUUUCAUGGAUAUAAACUUCAAGUAUUUCAUGAAUCAGAAUUACUUAUAAAUAUUACACAUCAUGAACUUGUACCUCAACAUAUUGCCCUAAGUUCAGAGGAAAAAGCUGAUGCAUUAUUAAAACUUAAAGUAACCGAAAAACAAUUGCCGAAAAUUUUAUACAAUGAUCCAAUUGUUAGAUAUUAUGGAUUUGAACGUGGUCAACUUGUUAAAAUUAUUAGAAAAUCAGAAACAGCUGGUCAUUAUGAAGCACUCAGAAUUGUAUGUAAUUGAAAUAAAUUGUAACUAGCUGUAAAUAUUUAUAUUUUUUAAUAAAUAAAGUUUAUUGAAUUCUA